GUCUGCUAAACUCUACGAUACCAUUACCAUUAAACAUUGUUGCGGUUUUUUAUGUGCAACGACCUGAAAGCUCGUCCCGUCUCUAUUACAAAAUGAUGGUGCAACCUCUCCGCUUUGCGAACGCAAAGGCGGUCGUUUCGCAUUUUCUCAACGGAGUAUCAGUAUUUUUAAUGCUGGCAACAAGUCUAUCGUUUCUAUUUCAACACGAAUUUUUUGUUCUUGCCGCAGCCACCUCAGCUUCACAACCCCCUGCCCCACCGGUCCCGGAUUGUUUUGGCUUCCUCUCUGUGAAUGUGGAUACACAGUUCAGGCAAGACCGGAAGGAGGAGCACAUGAAGGACUUCGAGCUCCACCGAAACAUCCGCGACCUGUUCAUUUCCCUGUACACCCUCGCCGUGCACCACCCCGGUGCGAAAGCGGUGGUGCUAACCGAUCGCGUAACCUACAACGAGUUGAAGAACGUUUCGCCCAGGCCAGCGCUCGACCUGCACCUAUUCGUAGAAUUGAACCGGUUCAACAACAUGACGCAACUGUACCCGCCAAUGCGGAGAAACUUCACGACGAACGUCGAUAACUAUGGGAUCCAUAAGUCUGAAAUUCCGAACUGGAAAUUGCGGAAGUCCUUCCGUCGCUGGAUGAUGCACCGAGAUGUCACGGAACUGCGCGGCGAUCUGAACGACCGAGCGAUGACCACAAUCGUAGCUAGUACUAGUAAAAGUAGCAGUACAACUUCCAGUACAACAAGAAGUAGCGGCGCUGCGUCUUCUACUUCUUCUACUUCUUCACAAGAACGACCUGAACCUGCGCCAGUACUAACCGCCUGGCCGGCUUUGAAGCAAGACGGGUCAGAGCGGGCCAUGACGCUUUGGACCAGCGACAACCUCCCAACAAUACACGACCCAGAUAGUCUUUUUCCCGUAUCCCACGAAAAAAGUGUUACAGUUACACAUUUGAUGUUGGAGUUUCUGCAUCACAAACUUUCUAGACAUGGCUUAGAAAGCCUGUGAUGCGCAGACUAUAAAGGGAAAACACGAGUGAAAUGAGGCUGGCAAGCAUGUCCUGCAUGACAAAGGUUGCCUGUCUACCUUGUUUCGCAACACAAUGUGUAAGUGUAACACUUUUUUCUUCGCAUAUCUCGCCGCAAAACUGCAGUACAGGAUGGUGGAGAAAGACGUGCGCGCAAAUCUGCAGGACGCCGCGGGAUAUUACGCCGUCAACGCGCAAAACACAAUGAAGCUCCGAGACCGGAAGCGCGUAGAAAUCGCGGAGCAGCAGCCGCAGGGGACGUUUUUAGAAUUCGAGUUUUUAGUACCAACAACUACAAAAUCAGCUUCCGACGCUGGUGCAGCUCCGAGGAUUCAGAAGAAGUUGUACCAAAACCACGAGGCGGGGCAAGGGAUGCCGUUCGCGGAGUCCCCGCUUUGGGAUAUCAUGCACGGCGGCGCGGGCGGAAUUGUGCCUAAGGAUGCAAGACAAGUGGAAAGGAAGGACACGUGGGGGAAUGCGAAGCGGUUUGGGAAGGUGAGAGAAGCUAUUUUUCCUUCCGGAGAGCAGGAUGACAACGGUAGUAGAGGAGGAAAAACUACUACUUUCCUCUGCACGGACCUGCUCCACCCGGACGCGGACGUGAUAUUCCUCGCGAAGCAAGAACUUCCGUUAUCCCGAGUAGGGAAAAUUGUGUUAGAGUACACACAUUUUAUUGUUGUAACAAACAGUAACUUCAGCAAGUGCAACACAAACAGGAAAGAGAAAAUGACUAUGCAAAAACGCAUAAAUCGUAAGUGGGGCAAAAAUGCGUGGAACGAGGUGUGCUGCUAGCAUUGUCCACAUGCACAGCACGUGACAAAAGUUUACUGUUUGUCUUGCCGGGUGCAACUACACAAAAAUGUUUGACAUCAACUGUAGCAUUUUCACAACAAAAAUGUGACGUCAACUGUAGCACGACUUUUUUGCUCCUUUGCAUAUCCCUUCGCCAGCAGGCAGUACCAGCUGGGUGUGAUGUAUGGAGAGAAAAAAGUUUGUCACAGUCACUAACUUGCAGGUUUUGCAUUACAAAUUUUCUCAGCAUCACAAACUUUCCUUGUAUUCCAGAAACUGUUGGUCAUGGAAAUCGAUCCCGCACACACGUAACACGAUCGCCCCAAAUGAAGCCUGUUCCGUGAUGAAAUGACACAGAAGAUGAUGAGAAAUUGACUAGAUCUGACUGGUAUCGCGACGGCACUACGGCCGUACGCAAUUCAGUCACAUCCCCCAAAUUGACUACAGUGGGCAUAGUGAUUGCUUGCGCCAUACGCAAAACAGUCACACUACAACCACUAGAGUAGAAGUAGAGUCAAUCACGGCACUCCUUGGACCAUACGCAAAACGGUCACAAAGUGUCGGAAGGAUGUAAAUGAUCUAGAAGGAAUCCCAUGAAAUUCAAGAGGAAAGUGAUCAAGGUGCCUAUUUGCGUCAUACGCAAAACAGGCACAAGCAGAGCGAUCAAGGUGACUGUUUACGCCAUACGCAAAACAGUCACACACCACACACAAGCAGAAUGAUCAGAGUGACUGUUUGCGCCGUACGCAAUUCAGUCAUAUUCUGGUGAGUUGUGGUCAUACGCAAUUUCGUCACAUCCUGAAACUUGAUGAACUGAACCUACAGGAUGUAACGCAGCAAGAGACUUGCGUCACUUGCUUGCUUACUUGCAAUUGAGAGAAUUCACUGAAUUGCUGUUGAUAGCGAGCUCAGUGGAGCAAACGUGUGUAAGUGUGUGCGAGUGUUCUCAAGUCCACUAACAGAAACACUAGGGAAAUCUGUAAAGAACACUGGCUGUGAUGCAUUUUUACGCAUGACAGACAGUUUUGUAUUGCAAAAAUGCGCAUGAGUGAUCGUGACGAACUUUUUUUCUUUGAUAUGAUCAAGCAACAGGCGAAUUCCAUCCACGCCGCACUCGUUUGGACUAGCGACAAACACUUCGGUAUGAAUUGCAAAAAUGUCUGGGUCUGGAAACUUGUGAUGCUGGGUGGCGUAUCAUGAGGAGGCCACAAGUGCUCGCUCAGCAUGACAAGUUUCUGAGCUUCUAGGUGUUGCAUAUUCUGCACGACAAACUGUGUUCUGCAUGACAGAAAAGUGGCGCUCUUGGGUAACGUGCAUGACAGAUUUGAGCGUCAUGCCAGACAAGCAUGACAAACGUGCACUCUUCCAGACCCAGACACUUUUACAUUUGAUAUUCGGGCAGGCGUUCGCGCGGGACUACCAACUGUCCGCGCUAGCGAAGGACAAAAGGAACAUGAUCCGGUACCAGAUGGGCGUGUGGAACAAGGAUUACAACGGUAACUUGUGGGAAUAUUUGCCCCUAAACCGCCUCACCCGGGCGUAUUUCGAGCUCGGCAACGCCUUUCUGUUCGAGCGCCCGGCGUUGUUCGAUUUGAACCUGCAGGCCGCGCAGUUCGGCAUCGACCACAUCGUGCAGGACAUGCGGAUCUUGUACAGCUUUGAGGAUGGGAGCAAGACGAAUUAUCUCUACAACUUGCCGCCCGGCACCUCGUCUUCUACUUCGCAGGAGGACUCGAAGUCGUCCAGCGGGGACUACAGCAAGAAGCCGGAACUGCUCUGGGGAACGGGGUUUCUCCCCAUCAUGUCCGAUGAUAAGAUACCAAAGCGGAUUAUGGAAGCGUCAGGAUCGAAAUCAACAAAAUCGAAAUAAUUUGUGAUGCAUAAAAAUGGAUACCAGUUGGAGCCUUAGUUUCCAAGUGGUGCACGACAAAUUUCGGGAGCAACAAAAUCGCCCGUCAUGCUGUUUCGGCAAAGAAGACUGCUCCUGUCGUGCUACUCCGGCAGCGCAUCGCCUUCCCUAAACAGGCUUGCAAUCGGUCUCAUUUGGCUGCUCCCCAAUACAGGCCAUAUGUGCCCUACCUUUUAUGCAUUACAAAUUUUUCGAUUUUGUCAAUUUCGGUCCUGACACUCCCAUACGGAUGGCGGACAUUUUCGAGCCGUGGGCGACGGGGGUCGGAAAAUCCCCGAAUGCAAAUCCGUAUGCGGUGCAAAAGUACUUAGUAUCAUACCCGCCGUGCUAGUAAUUCUAAAAUUGCAGGCAUAUGCGUGAGGACAGCUAUCUGCCCUAAAAGCUAAAAAUAUCAGCGCUAAAAGUUCAACUUUAACUUUUUCUGCUGAGACAAUGAGAAUGACAAUUUGUAAAUGCAAUUAGUACUCUAGAAGGACUAGUGUGAUCAUACUUUUGCGAAGGUGCAUACUCCGCAGCCCUGGGUGGCGAUUGACGUGGACAACGAGAAGGGGAGGCGGGAGAAAAGGAAGAAAAAGCAGCUGAGCGAAACAGCAGCAAGUCUACCAAGGGUCAAGCCGUUCUUUGGUGCGAACGGCAAGGACCCGAGUGCGCUGUUUCGCCGACGGCACGAGGCCAUGAUUAAGGACGACUGGAUCAGCCGACAGGGGCAUCGGGAAUCGCUGAAGAUCCUCCACUAUCACAUGGAAAUAUGUCUGGGUCUGGAAGUAGAGUGUGAUGCUGCUUGUGCAUGACACAGAAGGUCUGGCAUGCAACUCCUAGCAUCACAGGUCUUGAGCAGGUUUCGCAAUGCCUAGUGUGCAUGACAAAUGCCGGAUUUUUUUGGUGACAAGAAUAAAUGAGCAACUUUUAUUGCGGUGCAUGAAUGACAGAUUUUUGUGUGGUGUGAAACACGCAGCUGCAGAAGUUUACAUCAUGCUUUCAGACCCAGAUCGAUAUUUGCAAUGCAUAUCCACACGCGGUUCGCGCACCGGUGUUGCUUCCGGACCAACAUUCUCCUCCUGAACGUGCUUCGCCGGGCGCACAAGUUCAACGAGCUGGCCACGGUGUUUGCGCUCAGUUUGUCGCCGUACUACGAGGCGGUGUGGGAGAAUGUUCGGAGGGAGCUCGUGGGACCGGUAGGGACAGAGAGGAAGACGGUCGACAAGCCGCUCCCUCUCUUCGACGAAGACACCAUUUUCAAUCGGGUGAUUGCAACCGCGAAGCGACACUCUUUCCGGGUGCCCUACACGACCUGUGGGAAACUUGGUCAAGAACAGAAGAUAAUAUCAAAGCGGGAGGACGUCAGCAGAACCAGAGGGAGCAGCGCCACAUCUUCAUCCACUUCAAGUGCAACAUCUAUUUCAAGUCAAAAAUCUGGAGGAACCCCGCCACCUCCGACAUCACGCAACGACGAAAUUUACCAGUACAUGCGGCCCGCGACGUUCUCCAACGAAGAUAGCUACCCCUCGGACCGCCUCAAAGCCGGCCGCCUCGGCUACGUGGACCAACGGCUCUGCGCCGUGGGACCGAGUAAGCGAGACCCGGGUGAAGAUGUGGAUACGUUUGCCCGGGAGGAAAGCGAAACCGGGGCGGAGUACUUGGCGUCCCGGUGGAAUUUGUUGACCGACGAGGAGUAUCAAUUGCAAAAAUGUCUGGGUCUGGAAGAGUGCGCGACUUGUCCUGCAUCUUUUCCAUGACCCAUGAGGUCUGGAAUGCAGGACCUAGCAUGCCAGAGUCUGCGCGAUCUCUCUCAUGCCUAUCCUGCAUGAGAAACUCCCUCCCGACUUGGUCAAUAGCAAAACUGGACGACUUUUGGUAAUCAUGCAACACAGAUUUUUGCAUGCUUCAGAUGAGCAUGACAGGUUGCAUUCUUCCAGACCCAGACACUUUUACAUUGAUAAGGAGUUCUUCAACCACGAGCUCACCUGGAGAUACAUCAUCGAUUUGUACGCGCGUCGCUUCAAAAUGCCGGGAAACGGGCACUACGCGAAGCAGGACUUCAACGUGACUGCCGAUACGGGACACAUUUCGUUCGGGCGGAGACGAAUGAACGAUCAGCACGUCAGGUGCGACUACAGUGCGGAGAGACUGCCGUAGAUUUGUGGUUUUCCCGGAUUUCAUCUGUAUGCUGGUGUUUUCGUAUUCAUAGUGCUGCAAUGAUCCGUGAACAAGAUCCGUGCGCGUGUAUAAUGCGGGUAAUCAAGGAAGGCAGUCUGCUUUUCUUAGCAAGGUCAAGUGAGGACACGACCUGGCCGCUACAAAUUGGUUUUUUGGGUACAGAAAUCGAGUUUGUAGCGAGAUUCUCAUGGUGGUCGUAAGACCAGUCCAGUCGAGACGGAAGCCGCAUGAUCACAGUGACGGCCGUGGCUUGAAUGAUUGAAUUACAUACUGAAUGCCGUCCUGCAAGUAAAUGAAGCUGGAUAUUAUCAAGUGCAACACAA